AUCAAGUGCAGCUGUUUCAGGCUGAGGUGGCAGAUAGUGAGCGCUGGUGGCGGAGUUAGUCAGAGCGGGAGAGUAAUUAUGAAUAGCGCAGCGGGAUUCUCACACCUGGACCGUCGCGAGCGGGUUCUCAAGUUAGGGGAGAGUUUCGAGAAGCAGCCGCGCUGCGCCUUCCACACUGUGCGCUAUGACUUCAAACCUGCUUCUAUUGACACUUCUUCUGAAGGAUACCUUGAGGUCGGUGAAGGUGAACAGGUGACCAUAACUCUGCCAAAUAUAGAAGGUUCAACUCCACCAGUAACUGUUUUCAAAGGUUCAAAAAAACCUUACUUAAAAGAAUGCAUUUUGAUUAUUAACCAUGAUACUGGAGAAUGUCGACUAGAAAAACUCAGCAGCAACAUCACUGUAAAAAAAACAAGAGUUGAAGGAAGCAGUAAAAUUCAGUAUCGCAAAGAACAACAGCAACAACAAAUGUGGAAUUCAGCCAGGACUCCCAAUCUUGUAAAACAUUCUCCAUCUGAAGAUAAGAUGUCCCCAGCAUCUCCAAUAGAUGAUAUCGAAAGAGAACUGAAGGCAGAAGCUAGUCUAAUGGACCAGAUGAGUAGUUGUGAUAGUUCAUCAGAUUCCAAAAGUUCAUCAUCUUCAAGUAGUGAGGAUAGUUCUAGUGACUCAGAAAAUGAAGAUUGCAAAUCCUCUACUUCUGAUACAGGGAAUUAUGUCUCAGGACAUCCUACUAUGACACAGUACAGGAUUCCUGAUAUGGAUGCCAGUCAUAACAGAUUUCGAGACAACAGUGGCCUUCUGAUGAAUACUUUAAAUAAUCUUUCCUCUCACUCCUUUUCAAGUUUAUAUGAUCCUCUGCUCAGUCAUUAAAGUUGGAGUUUUGCAAGGCUUACUUUUGCGUUCUUUUUUUCUUUUCAUUCUACAAUUUCUCCCUAAAUCUCCUCCAUAUUUCUGUUGCAGUCAAUACUUGUAUGUAGGUAACUUGCAAAUUUAUAUCUCUGAUUCAAACCUCUAGGCUUUAGACACAUGUUUAACUUCGUCUCCCAUCAUGUCAUCGCCUUCAAAUUUACUUUGUCCAAAACCAACUCAUAAUCAAUCUUUGGCUCACUGUGUUACCUCUUAGUGAAGGUAGCAUACAUCUAAUUAUGCAAAUCAUAAGUCUAAUUAUUUUCGAUGGCUGAGGCCCUCUUUACAGUGUAGCCACUCCUUCAUCAAGUCCUAUUUGUUUUGCCUUCUCUAUAUUUCUCAGUCAUCUGCUUCUCUGCAUCUCUGCCACUAUCACAGUAGUUCAACCUAUUAUUUCUUGCCUUGUCUACUACAAUGACCUAACUGGUUCACCCCUUUGUGUAGCCAAGCCCAUUUUUGAUCCAUUAUGUACAUUGUAGCCAUAUUUAUUUUUUCACAAUUCAAAUACAAUUUGUCAUCUCUUCUGCUUUAUACUUUUUAAUAGCUUGUAAUUUCUUUUAGUAUAGAGGCAAAACACCUUAACAUAAUGGUCUUGAUUUUUCUUCUCUAACGACAUGUGCUGUCUUUUUGCCACUAUAUUCAAAUACUUCACUCACAUCAGGAGUCUUAUACAUGCUGUCCAUUCAGUCCAUUCUUCUUUUCAUGUAAUUUUUUCUCCUUUAGAUUAUAGUUCAAAGUUACUUCCUCUAGGAAGUCUUCUUCACCUUUCUGACAAGCUCCUAUCUUUUAUAGACCUUUAGAAUAUCAGAUAUGUCUUCUUUAUAUCAAUUGUUUGACAGUUGUAAAUUUACAUUAAUUUGUGUGAUUUGCUCUCUUUCUCUAGAGUAUAAUGUUCCAUGAGAACAAGGACUUUGUUUGUUUUUGCUUAUCAUUGAAUUCUAGCACUUAGCACAUGGUACUUGACACAUAAUAGAUGCUUAGCAAAUGCUUUUUAAUAAAGGCAUGCAGGUUGGUAUUACCUGGGGAGAAUGGAAUUUUCUGUAUAUUUAAAAUUAAUCUCACUAUGUUUAUUAAUAAUGAAAAAAGUAAGCAGUUAGGAAAGACUGACUAGCUUUAGCCUAAUAAUAGAACUAAAGAAGGGAGAAGCCAAGACUGAGAGGCAGAGAAUUGGUAAAACUAUGAGUUAAUUAGGGACCAGUGAAGAUAUUUUGAAUUUCCAGUUAUUUAGUGUUAUUCUUGACUUGGGAAGUAAUAUUGGAAUAUCUGAUUUUUUGAAUGGCCAAGAGAACAUGGAGAAAACUCAGCUUGGUUGUACUAAAUGAGAAUCUGAGUAAAAGCUAGGAAAAAUUUUCCAGAAAUUAGUAAGUUCUAUAGUGAAUUGAGCACAUGUCUAGGAAUCAGCAUAUCUGUAUUAUAUUCCUUACUUCGUUAUCACUUAUUAGUUGUGUAACUAAUAACACUAAACUUAAUUCUUGUAACUUCAGUUUCCUCAUUGAAGGUGGAGGUCACAUUGCCUUGCAGAACUUUGAAGGGGUUCAGGAUAUUUUAUAUUUUAGAAUUUCUUUUUAAAUCUAGAGUAGUUCUUUAGUAAAACAUGGCAUAGUGAAUUUAUGUUUUUAAAACCCCUUCUGUGCCAAACAAAUAGGAACAAUGGAUAAAGUAUUAAAAGGUAAAACCCAGACAUGGCCAGAAUCAAAUAUAAGAUAACAUCUCCAAAGAGAACUGGACUAUAAACACAAAACAGUGGGCUUAGUGGAGCUGAAGCCAUUGGAUCUGAAUUCAAAAGAAGGUGAUAUUGGUAAGGAUCUUGGUACUUUCAGGGAAAGGUAUAAUAAUAUAAUGAGAACUUUUAGGGAAACUUUUAGGGAAAUAAUCAGAACUUUCAGGGAAAGGUAUAAUAAUAUAAUCAGAACUUUUAGGGAAACUUUUAGGGAAAUAAUCAGAACUUUCAGGGAAAGGUAUAAUAAUAUAAUCAGAACUUUUAAACUAUUAAAACUUCUGAUUCAGUGAACCUGUCAUACUUUCUAUUUGAAGCUAGAGAAUGCGUGUUGUUGAGGGGUAGUGGGGAAAGGGAGAGAGGGUUGAUAGAGGUGGGGAUAAAUAAUAAAAGGAGAUUGGAAGAAAUAGCCAAUUAAUAAAAGAGAUUGGAAGAAAUAGACAUUUACAUAUUGACUGAGGCUACUGUGUUUUAGAAGGUGUGGGCAUAGGGUCUGUAGAACCUUGAUAUCCAUUGACUCCUUGAAGGGAUCUAGCAUAUCUCCAAUAUACCCAGAGGAUAACAAUCUCCAAAUGUGAUUAUGAAACCUGUUUCUGGUAAUGGAGCUCAGAGGACUAGGUGGAAGGAACUACAAAACCCUGUCAGAGUGGUGUGAGGAUAGAGAAAAACAGAAAUUUUCCACUCAAAAUGAGCAAACAUAAUUCUAAAACAGAAGAAAAAAGUCUAAUGCUAAGAAAGUUAGCCAAUAAAAUUAACAUUUAGAGCAGGGAUUCUUUCCAAAUGAAAAUCUUUUUACAGAGCAAUUAAGACAAAGACAUUUCAAUAAAUACGCUAAAAACAUUCAAAGAGAUAAAUGAAGAUACAGCUUUUAAAAGAAUUAUAAAACAAAGCCGGGAAGAAAUGAAACAAAUCUAACAGAUUAUAAAAAAGAAUAAAUUAGACUGGUCGUUGACAUUUUUAAAAAACCAAUAAAUGAGAAAAACUGUAGACUGGAUACAGUUGAUGAAUAAAUUAGUGAAAUAGAAGAUAAUAUUGAGGAACUAUCCCAGAACACAAUACAAGGGAGACAGAAAAAUAAAAUGGGAGACCAGCUUAGAGACCGAAAAGAUUGAGAAGACUAAACAUUACACAAUAGGAAGUCCAAGAAAGAAUGGAGGAGAUGGUAUAAAAACUUAAUCCUGAGAAUUUUCCAGAAUUUUUACUUCAGCUAAUAAGCAAGAUAAAUAAAAAUAAAUCUAGACCUCAAAACAUGGUAGUGAAACUACAGAACAUCAAGAAUGAAAUAACCUUAAAAACUACAGAGAAGACAAACUACAAAAGAAGAAUAGGCUGACAGCAGACAUUCUUAGCUAGAUAGGUAAGCCAAAAGAUAGUGGGGGAAAUAUCUUUCAAGUGUUGAAGGAAAAUAAUUCUAGCUAGAAUUUUAUACCCAAACACAAUGUCAUUCAAGAGUAAAAUAAUUUUCAGGCACACGAAAACAGCUUAUUGUCUGUAGAAUUUAUCAAAUGUAUUAUUAACAGACAUAUAUAUAUGUUAUAUAUAUAUAUUUCAGCAGAAAGAAAAGUGAAAACAGAAGGAAAGUGUGGAAUAUGAGAAACAGUAGUGAACAAAAAAAUAGAUGAAAUGUCAGGAAAUUUGGUUAACCUUUGACUAUAAAGAUAACCAGUCUGUUUUAGAUGUUUGUACAUUUGGAAAAUUUUUUUUGAAGAUUAAAGCUAAAACUCUAGACAAUAGUUGCUGAGAGAGUAGUUUAAGUAUGCUAAGAUCCAUGUCAUGUUAGGAGGAUAGAAACACUGAAUUUGACUUUAUUAGAUAAAUCUGUAGCUAGUUAGGUAUCCUAAAAUGUUAAGGGUACCAUUUAAUUAACAAAUACAAUCUAUAGAUUCCACAUCAUCAGUGGGAAAACCAGGGAACAUAGAAAACUUUAUCUAGUAGAAAGCAGAGAAGGAGAAGUGAAAGAAAGUGAUUGAUCAACCCAAAACAGAAAAUACGAAAUAGAAAUAAAUCUCAAUAUAUCAGUAAUAACAAAAGCAAAGCAUUAUAUCCACCUAAUAAGAAACAGAUUAUCAGAUUAGAUUUUUUUAAAACACCAUAUGCUGAUUAUACCAAAUUGUCUAAAAACCAUAUGGAAAAUAAAGAGAGAGAAAAAAAGAUGCUAGCUAAGUAGUAAUUAUAACAAAAAUCUGGAUCAUCAAUAUCAGAAAUAAUAGACUUUAAGGCAAAAUGUACUCCUAGAGGUAAAGGGGCUUGGUAAAUUAUGAGAAAAGGUUUAGUUCACCUGGAAGAUAAACAAUUCUGAAUUUGUAUGCAUGUAAUAACAUAUCUUCACUAUGUAUGUGUGUGUGUGUGCGUGUGUGUGUGUGUAUGUGUGUGUAUAAAA